AUGGGUUUCUCAGCUGCCUAUGACCAAGAAAGCGGUAUCUUUACCAUUUCUUUCAACGACAAAGUAAUCGAGAAAUAUGAAGAUGCGGAAACUUGGAAUGCUAGUUUGAAAUUUCAUAAUGAAUAUUACAAAAACAUUGACAAGUAUUAUGAAGACCAUUGGACGACUGAUAUAAUGGACACCAUGAGCGGCUUCCAAUAUUCAGAGCCACCCCAGCCGUACCACGUACACUUUGAGGCCUAUGUCCGUAAGAGCAUGGAGCACCUAAUAGAAGAAUUUGAAAGGAACCGCAAACAGUACGCAGAGACUGUUCAUUACAAAGAGUUCUCGACGGGUAUCCAGAAUCUCAGAGAUUCGGGAAAAGUCUUUUCCAAGGUUGUUGUUGUCGGAGUUGGAAGCCUACACCGAGCAGCGUACGUGAAAGGAGACCGUUGGAUGCCACCUACGAUGGUAUAUGAUAUCCUGGACGCAAUCCUUGUCGCAACGACACUCGGAGAAUGUGACAAACGUCUCCCUUUAUACUUCCAAGAUCCUUGCUAUUCAAAACUUGAUAAAAAGUUCCUGACAACGUACAUUGGAGCCGAAGUGGUUGACGAUCCCGAUGCUUUCUCUCUGACCAACGAUUCGACCAUUCUGCUAAAUCUUGAUCCUGUGUACAAAUACAUGGGUCAGUGGAUAGCUGAUGGCAUAUGGCCUAGUGCUGUCAUCGGCUAUGAUUGGGUCGCACAAGAUGCGGACUAUCGCGAGAUUCCGGCAGCUCACGAGAAAAAGGAGACCAAAGAGUCUGUCACAGAGAAACCCAAUGAACUUGGGGAAAACAAGUCAACAGAGCAGUCACAGGAGAUCCCAGGCAACGUCGAUAUCAUUGACAGCAGUGAUAUUAUAGAUUACCACACUGAAGAGUUGGACACUAUGUUUGCCAAGUAUAAGCGCGUGCCACUGUGGGAUGAAUAUCCAAUUUCGCCAGACGACAGUAAAACCGGAAGGUCUGGAAGAGGGCGUUAUAUUUCCCUAUGGGUGAGAACACAGGACUUAGAUAGUGAAGGUAAUAUCUUGAGGGGAAAAGGAAAGGCGAACGCCGAAAUAGCAGUGGCCGAAUGGUUUGAACAUGUUAACAAACUGGGACCAGGUUGGAGGAAAAGAAGGGAGCAAGAAUAUGUAAAGAUGCGUAAAGACAACGAGAAAAACUCUGAAAAUAAGUCGGAUGUAGAGGAGGAUCUUAAAGAAUAG